CAUGGAAAUUGUAAAUUAACAUUUAUAAUGAUGUUAUAAUGAGUAAUUUUUUAUUAAAUAAUCUCAAUGGCCCAGUUUUUCCGUUAUAUAAACUUAUUUUUCUCAUAAUAUUUGUAACAUAUUUCCCUCAAAAAACUACUUGUUUUAUCACAAAUUCCAACUCAAACAUUAAAGUUAAUAAUAAAGACUAUGGAUUAUUGAGUUUAAAUUAUCAAAAUUUAAAUAGAAGGACUUUUGACACACAAUUUCGCUUAAACAGUCGUACGUCAAUUGAAACUGUAAUACAUACGGCCAAUUAUAAAAAUUAUGACCCAAACUGUAUAAAAUAUCGCAAAGCCAAGUAUUGGAGGGAGAAGUCAAAUGAGGAACUGGAAGAGGAAAUUAGGAAGAUUCGAAAAGUUCUAGUGAAAAUAGAAGAGUGUAUAAAAGUUAAAGAUCCCACACUUUUACCUGAUUCAAAGAAAAAUGCAAAACGAACCCAAGCACAGUUGUUAUUUCUACUCCACGAACGUCACUUAAAUUCUUUAAGAAAUUCACAAAAAAAUACCAAAGACUCAAAUAUUAAUAAAUAAUUUUAAAAUGACAAUUUCAUACAAUAUA